AUGGAGGACGCUGCUGAGGACUUGGCUGAGCUGGACCAGCAGGGAGGGACGACUUGCAGAGACACGUCCAGCUCUGCAAAGCUGCAAAGAGACGGUCCGGCCGUCCAGAAGACCCCCCGCCACCGGAAGACCACCGCCACCGGAAGACCCCCCGCCACCGGAAGACCCCCCGCCACCGGAAGACCACCGCCACCGGAAGACCCCCCUCCACCGGAAGACCCCCCGCCACCGGAAGACCCCCCACCACCGGAAGACCACCGCCACCGGAAGACCCCCCCGCCACCGGAAGACCACCGCCACCGGAAGACCCCCCCGCCACCGGAAGACCCCCCGCCACCGGAAGACCACCGCCACCGGAAGACCCCCCGCCACCGGAAGACCCCCCGCCACCGGAAGACCACCGCCACCAGAAGACCCCCCGCCACCGGAAGACCCCCCGCCACCGGAAGACCCCCCGCCCCUGGAAGACCACCCGCCACCGGAAGACCACCGCCACCGGAAGACCCCCCGCCCCUGGAAGACCACCGCCACCGGAAGACCACCGCCACCGGAAGACCCCCCGCCCCUGGAAGACCACCCGCCACCGGAAGACCCCCCGCCCCCGGAAGACCACCCGCCACCGGAAGACCCCCCGCCCCCGGAAGACCCGCCACCGGAAGACCACCGCCACCGGAAGACCACCGCCACCGGAAGACCCCCCGCCCCCGGAAGACCCGCCACCGGAAGACCACCGCCACCGGAAGACUACCGCCACCGGAAGACCCCCCGCCCCCGGAAGACCACCCGCCACCGGAAGACCACCCGCCCCCGGAAGACCCGCCACCGGAAGACCCCCCGCCACCGGAAGACCACCGCCACCAGAAGACCCCCAGCCACCAGAAGACCACCGCCACCAGAAGACCACCGCUACCAGAAGACCCCUUUGUAUCUUCCUCCUGGAGCAGGGGAGGGAGCCCCCUGCUGGAGGACUGA